AGUCCCUUCGUGAGUUGAGUUUUAAGUUUCCACAAACAACCUGCGAACUGCGAAGUGAUUAAGGUUUUGGUGGCAAUUCAACUCCUUUUUCUGGGCAUGGAAGCAUCUUCAUCCGUGUCUAAUAAGACCAUAACUAUAGAAGAAUGGAACGGUUCAUCACCCACAAAGCUCUCUAAGACUUUCACCAUCAAGGCUUCUUCUUCCUCUGUCACCAUUACAAGAUCUGGUGCCCGAUUUAGCCAUGUUUGGAGACGCUUACUUCAAGCUUUUGUCCCUGAGGGUUUUCCAAGCAGUGUGACUGCAGAUUAUGUUCCUUUUCAAAUAUGGGACUCAUUGCAGGGCCUUUCAACGUACAUAAGGACCAUGCUUUCUACCCAGGCUCUCCUGAGUGCUAUUGGGGUUGGUGAAAAAUCAGCUACUGUCAUUGGUGCUACUUUUCAGUGGUUUUUGAGGGAUCUAACAGGUAUGCUUGGAGGAAUCUUGUUCACUUUUUACCAGGGAUCAAAUCUUGAUAGCAAUGCAAAAAUGUGGCGUUUGGUUGCAGAUUUUAUGAAUGACCUUGGAAUGUUAAUGGACCUCAUUUCUCCAUUGUUUCCAUCAGCUUUUGUGUUUGUUGUUUGCUUGGGAAGCAUCUCAAGAUCUUUCACUGGUGUUGCUAGUGGAGCCACUAGAGCAGCUUUAACUCAGCAUUUUGCUCUUCAGGAUAAUGCUGCUGAUAUAUCUGCUAAGGAAGGAAGUCAAGAAACUGUGGCCACAAUGAUUGGCAUGGCCAUGGGUAUGCUUGUUGCUCGCAUUACCAUUGGAUACCCACUGGCCAUAUGGUUUUCAUUUCUAUCUUUGACAGUGUUUCACAUGUAUGCAAAUUACCGAGCUGUUCGAUGCCUGGCAUUGAACUCAAUAAACCCUGAAAGAAGCUCUAUUCUUUUGCAUCAUUUCAUGGAGACUGGCCAAGUUCUCUCCCCUGAACAGGUCUCUUCACAGGAGCAUGUUUUGCCCAUACGGUUCAUUUCAUGGAGCUCAAGGAAUUCUAAUUAUAUGCAUAAGAAAGUACGUUUAGGCAUGAGGAUUUCUUCAUUCGAUAACAUGGAAAUUAAGGAGCAUUUGCUUUAUGCGGCAUCUUACUACGCAAAAGCCAAGUAUAUACUUGUGGAAAGGAAGGGAAUCGUUGAUGUUAUUGUGCAUAAAGAUUCGAAUGCUGCUGAUGUCCUAAAGUCAUUCUUUCAUGCUCUGGUCUUGGCAAAGGAUGCUCAUAAAAGCAAAUCCUUGCAUUCAGAUGGCCAAAAGUGGGUUGAUAAUCAAUAUGAAUUAUUUAUUAAGAAGCUCAAGUCAUUAGGUUGGAAAACUGAACGGCUUCUAGCACCUAUAAUAUGGAGGGCGUACUGGAGCUAUGAACCAUUGGAAGAAAAAAUUGAUUAGGGUAUCAACAUUGUCCAUUAACAUUAGCUGUGGCUCUGGAAUGAAUUGAGAUUAUUUUAUUAGGAGAUUGAAUAUAUAGCCCUUGCCCUUGCUCCAAAAUGAAAUGAUUAUUUAUAUGCUUGACAAAGUUGGUGAUGAACUUUUUUCAAUUUUAUGAUUUCAUCAAAGUUCUGUCGAGGUUUUUCUUGCACUUGCACCUUAUUUAUCUCUUGUACUAGUGCCAGUUUUAAGUUUAGAAAGAAUACAUGUUGGCUUUUAUAUACACGUCUCAGGUGAACAGAAGUUCCCUUUCACA